AUGCCCUUCCCCUUCUCCCACGUCAGCGACCUCCUCCAACACCUCGAGGACAACCGUCUCGCCCGCUCCGGCGUCCGAACCAACGCCAGCCUCAUCCACGAGUGGUUCCGGGCCCACCGUGCCUUGCUCGCCCGCGACGACCACGCCAAUGCCCCCUUGCUCUCGGCCCUCCUCCCAGAGAAGCGGACGGACAGGGUGUAUUUCAUCCGGGAGAAGAAGCUUCAGACCAUUAUUGGCCGGGCACUGGGCUUGGGACGGUCGCGGAUUGCGGAGUUGGGACGGUGGACGAAUCCGGCGGCGGGGAAGGAUUUGGCGGAGUGUGUGGAGGGGAUUUUGAGGCAGACGCCGAACCCCGGAGACAACCCUGUAACGGUGGAAGAGAUUGACCAACUUCUCCACCGGAUUGCCGCGGCCUGUCGGUUCAGCUCGCCGGCGGUGCGCAGCUCGGCGGGAAACCAGCCAGCAGACCAGGAGCUCUCCAUCGGCGGCUUGUACCAGCGGGUGUCGGCCCGGGACGCGAAAUGGCUCACGCGCCUGAUCCUCAAAAACUAUGAGCCCCUUGUUUUGGACUUGAGGGUUGUCUGCUCGGGCUAUCACCCCUUGCUGCCGGCCAUUCUCAAAGUUCAAGACGAUUUGGCUGUUGCUGGGCGCAUACUAGACUCCUUAAAACGCGGGGAUGCGGCGACGGAAACUGAUUUGGCUGAGCACCUCAAGCCUGCGCUCGGGGUAAAGGUUGGCAGACAAACAUGGCUCAAGGGACGCAGCAUCAAGCACUGUUUGUCCAUGCUGCAGGGGCGGUUCAGCUGUGAGGAGAAGAUGGAUGGCGAGUAUUGUCAGAUUCAUAUCGAUCUCAGCAAGGGGCACAAUUGCAUCCAGAUCUUUUCAAAGAGCGGCAAAGACAGUACCAAGGACCGCUUUGCCUUGCAUGAUUCGAUCCGAAAGUCACUGCAGCUCGGCCAGCCAUCGUGUCCUUUGAAACAGAGCUGUAUCCUGGAAGGCGAGCUUGUAGUGUACAGCGACAAAGACCACAAGAUACUCGACUUCCACAAGAUCAGAAAGCACGUCUCCCGAUCAGGCUCGUUCUUGGGCACCGACCAAGACUCGCCGCCACAUCCCUGGGAGCACCUUAUGAUUGUCUACUACGACAUUCUCAUGGUCGACCAGGAGUCCCUUCUCGCGGUCCAGCACUCCAAAAGGUUCCAGCGCCUCAAGGACCUCAUCACUCUCAUCCCCGGCCGGUCAUCGAUUGUGAAGCGGGAAGUCCUCGACUGCGCCAGGUCGUCUGCCCGGUCAGACUUGCGCCGCGCCUUUGCCAAGUGCAUCACAGCCCGUGGAGAGGGUCUUGUCCUCAAGGCAGAUGACCCCUACUUUGACUUUGCCACCCAGCAGCGUCCAUACCGGUGCUGUGCCAUCAAGCUCAAGAAGGAGAGCAUUGGCCAUUUUGGCGAAAUUGGCGACUUUGCCGUAGUCGGAGCACGGUUUGACCCGACCAAGGCACGCACAUACACUAACAUACGAAACCUAAAAUGGACUCACUUCUACCUUGGCUGUCUAGAGAACAAAGAGGAGGUGCAGCGGUUUGGGAAGCAGCCGCAGUUCGUGGUCACCAACGUGGUCGAGUUGAACGCCGUACAACUAGCUUCGUUCGUCUCGGCGGUUAACCCAGAGUCGGUCCUCCCAGAGGACAACACGGCCAUCCGGCUCCGCAUCGAGCCCGGCAUCGACGGGGGCAAGCGGCCCUCGCUCAUCUUCCCCACGCCCCCGGUCUUUGAUCUCCGCUGUUUUUCGUUUGACAAAGAGGGCAACACCGGGUUUUGGAGCCCACGAUUCCCUACAGUCGCCAAAAUCCACACCGACCGAACCUACCACGAUACCAUCUCAUUUUCUGAACUCCAAGACAUGGCGAACCGGGAGCGCGAGAUGCCUCCUCCUGAUGACAGCCAGGAGCUCCUGCGCUGGAUUGCUGCUUUGGAGCAGUCGGACCGCUGUAAGGGAAUGAAUGUCCCCAGCCAGUCGACGACCAUUUCUUCUUCCCCGACCUCGGCGGGCGCACACACGCCGCAGUCGCCCCGCUGUUCCCUCCUGCCCGGCAACCAAGCCGCGAGGCAAGCACGAUCCCCGCAACCACAGCCACAAAAACCUGCCCCAAAGCCAGCUACCAGGACUCCCCUGGCCGCGCACCCGCCCGGGUCCCGGCCCCUCGCCGAGGUCGCCCCCUCUCUCCUGGAGGGUGCGGCCAAGAUCAAGGAGGGCGCAGCCCAGAUCAAGGAAGGCCGCAAACGGCUACUGGAGCUGGGGCCCUCGUCCCAUGUUGAAGAGGCGGAGAGAAGCAAGAUCCGACGGCGGUCCCCCUCUCGAGGGACUUACGCGUCAUUUUCAUCGUCCCUUUCGCCCGACACCGCUAAACAGCCCAACACCGCUAAACAGCCCAUCGCUGCGAGGCAGGCCGACGCCACGGGGAUGCGAAACUCGUCGCGGGAUACAGUGGAUGGGUUGGUUCAGUGUGGUGCGAGCCUGAUUCGUCGCGUUGGUACCGCCGCGGCGGGGGAUUUGGGGGUAGUUGACGAUGGUCUUGACGGGGGUCGAGAGAAGGUCCCGUCCGGUCAUGUUUUGGUCAGCAACGACACCGACAAUGACAUCAACGGCAGCGGACACACCAAUGGCCUCGGAAACGGCAACAGCAACAAACAUGACAACAACAACAGUAGCGCCAACAAGCCCAACAAGCAACCUCCUACGUGCCGGUUGCUGGGAACGGCCUGCAAAAUACAGGACUACUCGUUCCUUCUCGCGCCUUGCAUCGCCGACUACCCCUGGGUCACCGACGAUAUGCUCCGGGGACAUGGAGUGACGCAGUUUCUGCGGGAUCCGAGAGAGUGGGCGAAUUCUGCAGCUGCUGACCACCCCAACACGCACGGCCACAACCAAACCCAAAGCAACAAACCCACCCCCCAAACUAAAAUCAUCCUCGUCGACCGCCGCCGCGUACACGCCACCAAAACUUUCCUACGCUCCGUCGAGGCCGCUCGUUUACACAACCCGCGCACCGGCAAGCGUGAGUGGGUGCCUGUGUACGACUGGCAUGUAUUGGGGGCGCUUUGUGAGGAGGAGCGGAAGAUGGGGAAUAUUGAGGGUGCUUCGCGGCAGAGUGCGAUGGGGAGGUUGGAGGUGGGGAAUGCGGCGGGGGUUUGGAGGCGGUUUUGGGUUGGGUUGGCGUAG